AUGGUCCCCCGCGUGCCCGAGCUCCCAGCGCCAUAUCCACGACCUUCCUUUCUGCGCAAUGCCUCGUCGCAGUCCAAGGUCUCCGUCCCCUCCAUCUCGCAGUCCAACGAGGCAGACGAUGAGCAGAGCCUGUCCUCUGCCAACGCCCCCGACAUGGACGCCCACGCCCACACCCCCCUCUACAAAGGCGAAGACACCCGCCUGACCAGUGACCGCGAGCUGCGUGGCUUCUACAUGUAUGGAUGGGCUGCUGAGGUCUUCGUAGUCUGCGGUAUCGGGUCCUUCAUACCCGUCACCCUCGAGCAACUGGCCCGCGAAAAUGGUGUGCUCGUCUCCGACCCGUCCACCCCAUGCAAAGCCUCCCGACCCGCCGUCCUGCCCACCCCAUCCUUCUCCGCCUCCACCCUAGGUGCUCUCUUCAGCCCGGCUCCGGACAAGGGCCAAUGCGUAGUUCACAUCCUCGGUAUCGAGAUCAACACGGCAAGCUUCGCCAUGUAUACGUUUAGUAUAUCAGUCCUGAUCCAAGCACUCCUCAUCGUGAGCAUGAGCGGUGCUGCAGACCACGGUCGCUUUCGAAAGACGUUUUUGCUAUCGUUUGCCUUUGUCGGAAGCAUAGCCACCAUGUUGUUCUUGCCGGUAGGGCCCAAAGUCUACCUCUUGGGUGCGCUGUUGGCCAUCAUCGCAAACACCUGCUUUGGCGCAAGCUUCGUCUUACUCAACAGCUUCCUUCCACUCUUGGUCCGCUUCCACCCUACCGUCAAAUACGCAGAGGCAAGCGCCGCAACCUCCUUUAUAGACGAAGAAGACGAGGAAGAGGCAGACGAAGACGAGGAAGCCAACCUCGCUCGUGCGACUGGCAGCGAAGCGCAAAUCGCCGGUGCACCCAAUUCUGCCAACUCUCUCUCCCACCGCGAACCAAUUCCAGACGAAGUCGUGGAUGAAUCCACUGCCCUCCUUGCCACAGGUACCCCCACCGCUGUUGACCCCAGUAGUACCCCGACUGCUGUUGACCUGGCCGUGCCCCGUCCCAAAACCACAUUGGUGUCGUCCCAGGAACUGAUGCUAGCUACCAAGAUUUCCUCCUAUGGCAUAGCCAUUGGCUACAUUGCCGCCCUCGUCGUUCAAACCCUAGGCAUCUUCAUUGUCAUCUUCUUCCAGUCUUCCAAUUUUGGUUUACGCAUGGUUCUCUUCCUAAUCGGCGCGUGGUGGUUUGUCUUCACCAUUCCUGCGGCGCGCUGGCUGCGUCCACGACCUGGUCCUCCGCUGCACAUCUCCUCGGCUGCCCAAACAUCUAAUCUGCGCAUCUGCAUGGCCUAUUUUACCUAUUCAUGGAAAUCUCUCGGUCGCACCGCAUUACACGCGCGCCAUCUCAAAGACGUGCUCCUCUUCCUAUCCGCAUGGUUCUUACUCUCAGACAGUAUAGCUACCGUCUCCGGCACGGCCGUCCUCUUUGCCAAAACCACGCUCGGAAUGAGCUAUGCCAUGCUCGCCCUCAUCAACGUCAUCGCCACCAUCUCCGGCGUCUUUGGUGCCUUCCUCUGGGCGCGAAUCUCUCUCUUUCUCCAUCUCUCCCCCACGCAAACCAUUCUCUGCUGCAUCCUGCUCUUUGAAGUGAUUCCCCUGUACGGACUCUUGGGCUUCCUGCCCGCCGUUCAGCGGCUGGGCUAUCUGGGACUCCAGCAGCAGUGGGAAAUGUACCCACUAGGCGCAGUCUACGGCUUCGUCCUCGGCGGCUUGAGCAGUUACUGCCGCGCCCUGUUUGGAGAAUUGAUUCCACCAGGCUACGAAGCUGCCUUUUAUGCCCUCUACGCCAUCACAGAUAAGGGUUCGAGCAUCUUUGGACCCGCCAUCGUAGCCGCCAUUACGGAUGCGUUUGGCGAGAUCAGACCGGCCUUUUGGUUCCUCGCCCUCCUCAUCGGCCUCCCCUUACCCAUCAUGCUCCUCGUCAACGUCGAUCGCGGCCGCGCAGACGCCAUCGCACUCGCCUCCACACUCGAAGCCCUAUCCAAAGCUAGGGAUGCGGGGGAGGGCAACGGCAACGCUGAUGCUGAGGGGAGUAGUAGUAGCGCUAGUAGCGACGGCGUGCGGGAUAACCUGUCCGAGGAGGUGCGGAGUGUGUUGGAGGAGUCGUAUUCGUAUCAGCGGACUUGA